CCGCUCACUUCCGCCGCCGCCACCUACUCCUCGCUGCCGCCGCGGAGCCCGGGAGAACCGCGCGCGCUUGGGACGCUUCCGGUUGCACUUCCGCUUCCGGCGCGGCCGCCGUGCCGGCUGAGGGCAGCGCAGCGGCGGCGGCGGUUCCGGGCCCUGCUCCGCUCCCGCGCCGCGCUGCUCCCCGCUGCCCUCACGGCGGACUCCGCCGGGCCUUUCCCCGUGCCCGGUCCUGCCGCUGCCCUGGGCCGAGGCGGCGGCGCUGCCCCCCAUGAGGAUGGAGGCCCGGGAGGCGGCGCGGGCCCGGCCCGGCCCGGCCUUCAAGGGCUUCGGCGGCGAGAGCAAGUUUUUCCUCCCCAAACUCAGCAGCUUCUCCUGCCCUGCUGGGAACUCCUCCUGCUCCCUCAGCUACGCCCCAGAAAUUCCUGAAAGAUUCCUGGGAGCCAACGGGCAGUGGAGGAGCUCCAAGCCCCGGGGCAGCCGAGGCUCCUUCCUGGAGACCCGGAAAAAUUCCAGCAGCAAUUCCAGCACUUUUGGGGGAAAAUCCGCCCUCCACGGAGCCUCCUUCCCCCUGAAGCCGGCCCCGAGCCCCUCCUGGAGCCGCCGCAGCCCCAAGAAGGCCCCGCGGCGCUUCCUGAGCGCGGCCGAGGAGACAGUGCGGGAGGAGGAGCGGGAGAUUUACCGGCAGCUGCUGCAGAUGGUGACUGGGAAGAGAUUCUCCAGCUGCAAACCCUCCCCAGUGCUCCCCUUCCACCUCUCCCGCUGUCCCCGUUCCGGCCCCUCCCUGCCCCAGGAGGCUCCCAGGGAUGAUCCCGAGGCACUGGAAAUUCACAAAAUUCCAGGUCCUGUUCCACAUUCCCCAGAGCCGCCCCAGAAUUCCCAAAAUCCCCCCCUAGGCCCCUCUCCAGGCUUUCCUGGGGGGUUCCAGCCCCGGAAUUCCACGGCCCCACAGCAGCGGGAGGAGGAGCCGGGAGCCGAGGCGCAGAGUGAAGGGUCAGAUUCCGUCAUUUUGCUCAAGGUCAAGGAUUCCAGGACUCCAGCUCCAAGCCUCCCCUUUUUCCAGGCCGAGCUGUGGAUCAAAGAGCUGACCAGUGUCUAUGAUUCCCGAGCCAGAGAGAGGUGGAGGCAAAUAGAGGAGCAGAAAGCUCUGGCCCUGCAGCUCCAGAGCCAGCGCCUCCAGGAGCGGGAGCGCUCCGUGCAGGACUUGGUGGAUCUGCACCUGCGCGUGCCCCUGGAGAAGGAGAUCCCGGUGGCCGUGGGGCCCGAGGGGCCCGAGCGCGCCCGCCCCGGCCAGGCCGACGACGACUUCCCCGAGAUCACCGAGGAAAUGGAGAAGGAAAUCAAGAGCCUGUUCCGAGGAGGGAACCAGGACGAGGUGCUGAGCGAGGCUUUCCGCCUGACCAUCACCAGGAAGGACAUCCAGACCCUCAACAACCUCAACUGGCUCAACGACGAGAUCAUCAAUUUCUACAUGAAUCUGCUGAUGGAGAGGAGCAAGGACAAGGAUUUGCCUGCAGUUCAUGCCUUCAACACCUUUUUCUUCACCAAAUUAAAGACUGCAGGGUACCAAGCUGUGAAAAGAUGGACAAAAAAAGUGGAUAUUUUCUCUGUGGAUCUGCUCCUGGUGCCCAUCCACCUGGGAGUGCACUGGUGCCUGGCUGUCGUGGAUUUCAGGAAAAAAACCAUCACCUACUACGAUUCCAUGGGGGGGAUCAACAGUGAGGCCUGCAGGAUCCUGCUGCAGUACCUGAAACAGGAAAGUUUGGAUAAGAAAAGGAAGGAAUUCGACACCAAUGGAUGGGCCCUGCUGAGCAAGAAGAGCCAGGAGAUCCCGCAGCAGAUGAACGGCAGCGACUGCGGGAUGUUCGCGUGCCGCUACGCCGAGUGCAUCUCCAAGGACAAACCCAUCAACUUCACCCAGCAACACAUGCCCUACUUCCGGAAGAGGAUGGCCUGGGAAAUCCUGCACAGGAAGCUCCUCUGAUGCCAGAAAAAUCCUGAAAUUCCACGGAUUUGGAUCAGAAGAAUCCCAGGAUUCUCCUGGGGAUGCAGCCAAGGAACUCCGGGUCCUGCUCUUCCCAAAACCCCCCCCGAUUUGGGGGGGAAUAGAAAAGUUUGGAAGCACAGUUGGGAUUUUUUGGAGUUUUUCCCUCUUUUUUGAGAUUCCAGGAUGGAUUUUUCCCACUUUUCGGUCUGCUGGGAUGGGGAAAUUUGGGAAUUUUGGGCUUUUUGGAGGUGGAUUUCUGGGAAAAGGGCGGCGCCUCUGUGGAUUUGGGUUGGGAAAAUUCCGAUUUGGGAAUGGAGGGGGAAGGGUUUGGUUCUGGAGGGAAUUUCUGGGGAUCAUUCCCAUUUUUUCCACCUCAUUCCCAAAGCUUGGGGAUUUUAUCCAUGGAAGAACCUGGAUUGGGAUCCCUGGGAAUAAUUACUUCUUAAAUCCCAUUUUUCUUCCCCAAUUCCUGCUUUUGGGUGUUUCUUCCAGGAUUAAGCUUUGGAAUGCCAGAAUUCCUCUGGAUUUACACCCAAACUUUGCUUUCCCAAGGGAUAAAUCCCAAAACCUGAGCAAAAUCUGGUAUUUUUGGAGAAUUUUGGGGUAUUUUCCCCUCCCUUUCAGGCUGCUUCAUCCCAGCAGCUCCUGUUGCUUUUUCCAGUUGCUUUUCCCACUUUUUCCUGGAAAUAAAUCCUCCCAAAUCCCAAGAACUGCAGAACCAUGGGGAAAACCCCAAAAUCCUGGAAUUCCUUCAAGUUUUCCCAAAAAAAAAGCCAGGAUUUAUUUGGGGAACUUUGCCCACCACUUUCCCUGGAUUAAUUUAUUCCCAAAUUUUUUGGAGCUUCCCAAGCCUCUGGAUUUCCUCUUCCUGGUGGAAAAGAAGAUUUUUAAGAAGAAAAGUGGGGGAAAAUCCCAAGUUUUUGUAUUUUCCCUCUCCUGCAGGAGCUGGGAAUUUUUUCUAUUUUUCCCAAGCUGGGAGCUGAAGUUUUGUACUGAAUUCCCAAAUUUUUGGAGCCCUCUUUCCUGGUUUUUCCCAGCCCUUUGUGUCCCUUUGCAUCCCAAAAUCCCUCCCCUGUUUUAUACCAGAUUCAUUUCCUACUUUUUUUUAUCUUUUAUUGAAAUUAAAAGAUCUGAAAAAAACAAACCAAA